AUGGAAUUGUCCGAAGAACCUCGGUCUAAAUAUCAUGAUGAAGUUGACCUGAAAGAAUCUCAGAAUGAUGCAAACCAUGAUUGUGUAUUUGGAGAGAUCACUGAGGAAGGCCCUAACUAUCGCAAUGUGGGAGUAUUGGGAACUGUAAUUCUAAUGAUGAAAACGCAAAUUGGCCUGGGAGUUCUUGCAAUACCGACUACAUUUGAUGCACUAGGAAUUGUUCCUGGAGUGAUAUGUUUAUGUGUGAUUGCUUCCAUCAUGACGUGGUCAAAUUAUGUUAUUGGCACGUUUAAACUCAAUCAUCGUGAGGUCUAUAGCAUUGAUGAUGCUGGAGCAUUGAUUUUUGGUCCAAUCGGCCGAGCUGUUCUCUCCGUGUCAUUCUGUCUCUACUGGAUAUUCGUCAGUGGCUCGGGGAUCCUUGGGAUUUCCAUUGGUCUGAAUGCAGUAUCCACACAUGGUACAUGCACGGCUGUCUUCACCGUUGUUGCCACGAUUUUCGGUUUUAUCUUGAGUAGUGUGCGCACACUCGGAAGAAUUACCUGGCUCGCAUGGAUAGGGCUUCCAUGCAUAUUGAUUGCGGUUCUAACCGUGACAAUUGCCGUCAGCCUGCAAGAUCGCCCUGCUUCCGCACCACAAACGGACGGUCUUUGGGUUUCAGAUUACAAGAUAGUCGGAAAUCCAUCUUUCACAGAAGGGAUUACCGCCAUAUGCAAUCUUGUUUUCGCCUUUUCAGGAACUCCGGGGUUCUUUGCCAUCAUUUCAGAAAUGCGUGACCCGCGAAAAUACACCUUUGCAUUACUACUUUGCCAGGUAGGAGUCACUAGUGUUUAUCUCAUAGUUGGGUGCAUCGUUUACUUUUAUUGCGGAUCAUACGUCUCUUCUCCAGCUCUUGGUUCGGCUGGUGGAGACAUGAAAAAGAUUGCCUAUGGGUUUGCCUUGCCAGGCUUAAUCGUUACUACAACUAUCUGCUCACAUAUACCUGCGAAAUUUAUUUUCGUUCAUAUACUUCGCGGCUCCCGGCAUCUGAGCAAAAACACACCCACUCACUGGAUUACAUGGAUCGGUUGUACUUUCGGGGUUGCCGUGAUAGCCUAUAUCAUCGCUAGUACAGUUCCCGUCUUCAACUCACUAGUGGCAUUGAUAGGCGCUCUACUUGGCCCACUCAUGUGCUUUCAGCCUAUGGGUUGCAUGUGGCUUUAUGACAAUUGGCCCAAAGAUAAGCGACAUGCGAGAUUCUGGCAUGCCAAAGCUGGCUGGAGCAUUUUUGUUGUAAUACUGGGAUGCUUCCUUACUGUUGCAGGUACUUAUGGGUCUAUAGUCGGGAUAAUGGAGGCUUAUAAAGCAUCUGGAGGCUCGGCCGCCUUUUCAUGUGCUGACAACUCUAACUCAACAUGA